AAGAGUAGUCACUCAGAGAGCAACGUUAGCGUUGUAAGCAAUUUAGAUUCGGAUGUGGCUAAAGCGCCAACAACCAUCGAUAAUGGAGAGGUGAGAUUACUUUUACUCAUGCAAUACGGUGAUCGCUUGAUGGACGAUUUGAUGAACACGUUCUGUGACCGACUUCAAGCUGCAUGUCCUCGUAAAAUUGAUGGCUGUCUAGCAAUUCAAUUUGUCCUGGUAGGAGCAAGAUUUUUUUUUGACGAAGAAGUACGCGUUGAUCGGCCAGCUCAUCAAAUUAUUUUCGAUCCUGACAGAGUUCAUUACGUCGUGGUGGAUUAUGAGCCAAAAACCAAAUUAGUUGUUUUAUAUGACUCAUUAGUUGAAAAAGGUUCAAAUGUUACCAAUCUGGUAAGUUCAAUAAGCACUACCUCUGCUGCGAAAAUCUACUUAAAUUUUUGUUUUACUCGCUAG